AUGUCCUCCCAGGGCUCCGGUAAAGAUGUAUCCACCAGUAGCGGCAUGGAAGACAGCGUCCACAGCUUCAAGGCAGCUGACCUGGUCAUUGAGCUGUCCCAGACCCACAAGGCCAAACCUGACCUGACCAAUCUGGUGUUUGGAACUGUGUUCUCUGACCACAUGUUGACCAUAGAGUGGACCAACGCUGGAGGCUGGCAUAAACCUCACAUCAAGUCUCUCCACCUGGCCUGCUCAGCCAUGCACUACGCUGUGCAGUUGUUUGAGGGUAUGAAGGCAUACCGAGGUGCUGAUGACAAAGUCUGUCUCUUCAGACCCAUGCUCAACAUGAACCGUAUGGCGAAGUCUGCAGAGAGGGCCAGCCUGCUGGCAUUGUACAUCAGAGCCUGGAGAGGAGGGACAGGAGACUGUACGAUGGGAGGGAACUAUGGAGCGUCUAUCUACGCCCAGCAUGAAGCAGUGGAUUAUGGGUGCCAGCAGGUCCUCUGGCUGUACGGAGACGACCAUCAAAUCACAGAGGUCGGAACCAUGAACAUGAUCACUUUCAAGGAGGCGCUGGCAACGCCCCCUCUGGAUGGAAUAAUCCUACCUGGGAUGAUGCGGCAGAGCAUCCUGGAACUCACCAGGAAAUGGGGGGAGUUUAAGGUGUGUGAGAGGUACCUGACCAUGGCAGACCUGUGCUGUGCUCUGAAAGAGGGCCGUGUUAAGGAGAAGUUUGGCUCUGGUACUGCAUGUGUGGUCAGUCCUGUGGGAUGCAUACUCUACCAGGGAGAGAACCUACAUAUCCCCUGCCAGGAGGAUUUCCCCCAGCUGGCCUCUAGACUGAUGAAGGAGCUCACAGAUGUACAGUAUGUCCCGACACAGAGUGACUGGUCUGUCCUCGUGUAA